GUUUGUUCAUCAACCUGUAUUUCUAAACCCGCUCUAUACUUUGUGUGUUCAUCUUCCUCGCACUAUAUCCGGUGUCUCGCUGCUCAUAGCAGAUUAAUGGCUUCGCUGAUACCCUCUCUCACACUAAGUUUACUCAUUCUAUUACUAAAUUUUGGACUGAUACAGUCACUCCAAUGUUUGUCACAGAAAUUCAGUAGGAACCGAUACUACCAGCAUUGUACCGAUCUCCCGCAUUUAAGCUCUUACUUACAUUGGAGCUACAACCCUGCUGAAUCUUCUAUCGAAAUCGCAUUCUUGGCUCCACCAGCAAGACCCGACGGAUGGGUCGGGUGGGGCAUAAAUCCUAAUGGAAGCGGAAUGAUCGGCACCCAAGCUUUGAUUGCUCACAAGGAAGCGAAUGGGUCUAUGGCUGCGAGGACUUUCGAGUUGGUUUCGUACAAGAAGGUUGAGGAAGGUGAGAUUGCAUACAAGGUCUUGAAGGCAGAAGCCGAGUAUAAAAAUAGGGUGGUCACAAUGUUCGCGACGGUCGGGCUUCCGAAGGAGACAAAGGUCUUGAAUGUGGUUUGGCAGGUCGGGAGCUCGGUGGUUGACGGAGUGCCGGCAAUGCAUGAGCUCGGCGCUGCGAACUUGAACUCUAGGGGCAAGCUUGAUUUGCCGCAAGGGCAGAGCAGUAGCAACAGUGGAAAGAACUCUCAUCUUCAACGUAAAAGGAUCCACGGACUCCUGAAUGCGAUCAGCUGGGGAAUUCUGUUCCCAGUAGGCGCGGUCAUCGCGAGAUACUUAAGGCCUUUGAGGUUCGCCGAUCCGUUCUGGUUCUAUCUUCAUGUCAGCUGUCAAUUUUCUUCAUACAUCAUCGGGGUGACCGGCUGGGCAAUAGGCCUCGAUCUCGGGGCCGAGUCUAAGGGCGUCGAGUACACUUCUCACCGGAUAAUCGGGAUAAUACUUUUCUGUCUCGCAACGUUGCAGAUGUUUGCCAUUUUCGUCAGGCCAAGCAAGGAUCACAAGUUCCGGGUCUACUGGAAUGUAUACCACCACGGGAUCGGGUACACCGUCAUCGUUCUCGGCAUCAUUAACGUGUUCAAAGGGUUGGAGAUAUUGGGCCCUGCCAAGGCAUGGAAACUCGGUUACGUUCUCUUUCUCUCUGCGCUAGGCGCAACCGCCUUGUGCUUAGAAACCAUCAGUUGGGCAAUGGUCCUGAAGGAAAAAUUUUGUAAAUCCAAGAAACCAUACGACGGGUUUGAUCACAGCGAGAAGCAGCAGCCUCUGGCCUCCUAGGAUGAGUUCCGAAUUGAAUCCGAUCUUUUGCUAGUGUUUGUCUCCGUCGAUUCAUGUGAAAGGUCCCUUAGAAAAAAUUGUUGACGCUUGCAUAAAUUCAACGUGGAUGUAAGUACAAAUGGGUGCAAAUAGAUGCUACAUAUUGCAUAAUUCUAUCUAUUGCAACUGCAAAGAUAUAUGGAUUUGAAGAGUGUAUACUCGAAGAAAAGGCUUAAGCAGUGAGGGCUGUUGUUGCUGUUGAGUGAUUUCAAUCAUUUGCUAGUCCAAGUUGAUGUACAUGAGGUUUCUUGAAUAAAUGAGAUUAUUACUUCAUCGACUGA